GCCGCGGAACCACGGACGGACCGCCGGAGGGACGGAACGGACGAGGCAUGCAGGCGGCCUGGCUCUAGCCCGGGUUGCGGGGCUCCGGCCGCAGCUAUGGAGCAGCGGCUGCGUGCGCUGGAGCAGCUGGUACGGGGCGAGGCCGAUGGCAGCCCGGGGCUCGACGGCCUCCUGGAUCUGCUGCUGGGGCUGCACCAGGAGCUCAGCAGCGCCUCCCUGCGCCGGGAGCGCAAUGUGGCGCAGUUUCUGAGCUGGGCCAGCCCCUUGGUAAGAAAAGUGAAAGAGCUACGUCUGCAGAGAGGGGACUUUGAGAUCUUGAAGGUGAUUGGCCGAGGGGCCUUUGGGGAGGUCGCCGUGGUUAGACAGAGGGACAGUGGCCAGAUUUUUGCCAUGAAGAUGCUGCAUAAGUGGGAGAUGCUGAAGAGGGCUGAGACGGCCUGUUUCCGGGAGGAGCGAGAUGUUCUGGUGAAGGGAGACAGCCGUUGGGUGACUGCUCUGCACUACGCCUUCCAAGAUGAAGAAUAUCUGUACCUGGUGAUGGACUACUACGCUGGCGGGGACCUCCUCACACUGCUCAGCCGCUUUGAGGACCGCCUCCCACCUGAGCUUGCCCAGUUCUAUCUGGCUGAGAUGGUGCUGGCCAUCCACUCCCUGCACCAGCUGGGCUAUGUCCACAGGGAUGUCAAGCCUGACAACAUCCUGCUUGACAUGAAUGGCCACAUACGCUUGGCAGACUUUGGCUCCUGCCUGCGACUCAACAACAAUGGUAUGGUGGAUUCAUCAGUCGCAGUUGGGACCCCAGACUACAUCUCUCCUGAGAUCCUACAGGCCAUGGAGGAAGGCAAGGGUCACUAUGGCCCACAGUGUGACUGGUGGUCGCUGGGAGUCUGUGCCUAUGAGCUGCUCUUUGGGGAAACACCCUUUUAUGCGGAAUCUCUAGUAGAAACCUACGGCAAGAUCAUGAACCACGAGGACCACCUCCAGUUCCCCUCUGAUGUGCCUGAUGUGCCUGCCAGUGCCCGGGACCUCAUCCGACAGCUACUGUGCCACCAGGAGGAACGGCUUGGGCGUGGUGGGCUGGACGACUUCCGGAACCACCCUUUCUUUGAAGGUGUGGAUUGGGAGAAGCUUGCAACUGGCACAGCUCCCUACAUCCCUGAGCUUCGUGGACCUGUGGACACCUCUAACUUUGAUGUGGAUGAUGAUACCCUCAACCAUCCAGAGACGCUACCACCACCCUCUCAUGGGGCCUUCUCGGGCCACCACCUGCCAUUUGUAGGCUUCACCUAUACCUCAGGCAGCUCUGGUGAUCAGAAGCACACUGAGCUAGUGGCUGCCCCAGAGCAGAAGCUCCACCAUGUGGAGCAGGAGAAGGUGGAGCUCAGCCAGAAGUGUCAAGAGGCCCUACAUGGUACCUUACAGCCCCAGGAGCUGGUGUGGCUGCAGAAGGAGGUACAGACUCUUCAGGAGAAACUGGCAGAGACACUGAGGGACAGCAAGGCCUCCUUCUCACAGACUGAUGGCCUCCCUUCCGGGAGCCCAGGCCCAGAUAUCCAGCUACAGCAGGAGAAGGACCGUCUCCAGCAGGAGCUGACUGAAACUCAAGCAGCAUUGCGGGUGCAGGCUGCCGAGCUGUGCCAAGCCCAGGAGCGGCAGCAAGAGUUCCUCCAGAGGCUGUGGGAGGCCCAGGAGAGGGAGGCAGCCACAGCCAGCCAGAUCCAGGCCCUGAGCUCCCAGCUGGAGGAAGCUUGGCUUGUCCGGAGAGAGCUGGAAGACCAGGUGGCCGCCCUGAGUCAGGAGGUGACAAGGCUCCAGGGACAAUAUAAACAAAGCCGUGAGAAGGAUUCUUCCCAGGCCAAGACCAUCCAUGCAGCCCCUGAGACCAAUGGCAUGGGAUCACCUGAGGGUCCGUCUCAAGAGGCCCAGCUGAGGAAGGAGGUGGCCGCUCUGAGGGAGCAGCUGGAGCAUGCCUGCAGCCAAGGGAUUGGUGUUGGGAAAGAGGAGGCCCUGUGCCGACUGCAGGAGGAAAACGAGCGGCUGAGCCGGGAGCAGGAGCGGCUGGCAGAAGAGCUACAGCACAGACAGCGUUUGGAGGGUGAACGGCGGGAGACUGAGAGCAAUUGGGAGGCCCAGAUUGCUGACAUCCUUAGCUGGGUGAAUGACGAGAAGGUCUCAAGAGGCUACCUGCAGGCCUUGGCUACUAAGAUGGCUGAGGAGCUGGAGUCCUUGAGAAAUGUGGGCACCCAAACACUCCCUACUCGGCCUCUGGACCACCAGUGGAAGGCACGGAGGCUGCAGAAGAUGGAGGCCUCAGCCCGGCUGGAGCUUCAGUCAGCGCUGGAAGCGGAGAUCCGGGCCAAGCAGGGUCUGCAGGAGCGGCUGACCCAGGUGCAGGAGGCGCAGCUGCAGGCGGAACGCCGCCUGCAGGAGACUGAGAAGAAAAGCCAGGCCCUGCAGCAAGAGGUGGCUGAGCUCCGGGAGGAGCUUCGAACCCGUGGGCACGGGGAUGCCAAGCCCUCCACCUCCCUCAUCCCUCUCCUGUCCUUCUGGAACACGGAGAAGGAUUCUGCCAAGGACCCUGGCAAUCCAGGAGAGGCCCCAAGGUCUGGAGCAGAAGCAGAGCUGAGGCCAGAGGGCCGCCGCAGUCUGCGCAUGGGGACUGUGUUCCCCAGAGUGUCUGCUGCCACCACUACCCCUGCAGAAGGUCCUCCUGCUAAGCCCGGCUCACACACACUGCGUCUCCGGAGUUUUCCAUCCCCUACCAAGUGUCUCCGCUGUACGUCGCUGAUGCUGGGCCUAGGCCGCCAGGGUCUCGGCUGUGACACCUGUGGUUACUUUUGUCACUCAGCCUGCGCCCCACAGGCCCCACCCUGCCCCGUGCCCCCCGAACUUCUCUGCACAGCCCUGGGAGUACACCCCGAAACCGGCACAGGCACUGCCUACGAGGGCUUCCUGUCGGUGCCACGGCCUUCGGGCGUCCGGCGGGGCUGGCAGCGUGUGUAUGCUGCCCUCAGUGACUCCCGCCUGCUGCUGUUCGACAUUCCCGACCCUCGAGGAAGCCUGGCCAGUGGGGUCCUCCUGCAGGCCUUGGACCUGAGGGAUCCCCAGUUCUCGGCUACCCCCGUCUUGGCCUCAGAUGUCAUCCAUGCCCAAUCCAAGGACCUGCCACGCAUCUUUAGGGUGACAGCCUCCCAGCUGACGGUUCCACCAACCACAUGUACUGUGCUGCUGCUGGCUGAGAAUGAGGAGGAGCGGGCGCGUUGGCUGCAGGUGCUGGGUGAGCUGCAGCGGCUGCUACUGGACGCACGUCCGAGGCCCCGGCCAGUGUACACCCUCAAGGAGGCCUAUGACAAUGGGCUGCCGCUGCUGCCUCAUGCUCUCUGCGCUGCUGUCAUUGACCAAGAACGGCUUGCCCUGGGCACCGAGGAGGGGCUGUUUGUGAUCCAUCUUCACAGCAAUGGUACCACAUGGCUGGACCAGGACAUCUUCCAGGUGGGGGACUGCCGCAGGGUGCAGCGGCUGACUCUGAGCUCUGCUGCCGGCCUGCUGGUUGUGCUCUGUGGCCGUGGUCCCAGUGUGCGCCUCUUCGCCCUGGCCGACCUGGAGAAUGCUGAGGUGGCAGGUGCCAAGAUCCCUGAAUCCCGAGGUUGCCAGGCUCUGGCAGCUGGACGCAUCCUGCAGGCCCGGACGCCGGUGCUCUGUGUAGCAGUCAAACGCCAAGUGCUCUGUUACCAGCUGGGCCCAGGCCCAGGGCCCUGGCAGCGCCGGAUCCGAGAGCUCCAAGUACCAGCUCCAGUGCAGAGUCUGGGGCUGCUGGGUGAUCGGCUCUGUGUGGGUGCUGCAGGCACCUUCGCUCUCUACCCGCUGCUCAAUGAGGCUGCACCCUUAGCGCUGGGGACUGGCCUGGUGCCGGAGGAGCUGCCGGCGUCCCGCGGGGGCCUGGGCGAGGCACUGGGUGCUGUGGAGCUCAGCCUCAGUGAGCUCCUGCUGCUCUUCGCCACUGCCGGUGUCUACGUGGAUGGCGCUGGCCGCAAGUCACGAAGUCACGAGCUACUGUGGCCAGCGGCACCCACUGGCUGGGGUUACACGGCGCCCUACCUAACAGUGUUCAGUGAAAACUCCAUCGAUGUGUUUGAUGUACGGAGAGCAGAAUGGGUGCAGACUGUGCCACUCAAGAAGGUGAGACCCCUGAAUCCAGAGGGCUCCUUGUUCCUCUAUGGCACCGAGAAGGUCCGCCUGACCUACCUCAGGAACCCAUUGGCAGAGAAGGACGAGUUUGACAUUCCCGACCUCACUGACAACAGCCGGCGCCAGCUGUUCCGCACCAAGAGCAAGCGCCGCUUCUUCUUCCGGGUGUCUGCUGAGCUGCGGCAGCAGCAGCGCAGGGAGAUGCUGAAGGACCCUUUUGUGCGCUCCAAGCUCAUCUCGCCACCCACCAACUUCAACCACCUGGUACAUGUAGGCCCUACGGACGGGAGGCCUAGUGCCAGGGACGGGGCCAGGGAACAGAAGAGCAGAGGUGCCCGCAGCUCCGGGCCGCAGCGGCCUCACAGCUUCUCAGAGGCAUUGCGGCGCCCAGCGUCCAUGGGUAGUGAUGGCCUUCCUGGAGAGACAGACCCCACAGUGAAGAGGAAACCUUGGACAUCUCUGUCCAGCGAAUCAGUGUCCUGCCCCCAGGGGACCCUGAGCCCUACAGCAUCCCUGAUACAGGUCUCAGAGCGGCCCCGAAGUCUCCCUCCAGAUCCCGAGUCAGAGAGCACCCCCUGAUGCCCUCUGGCAGUGCCCACCCAAGUCCCAGGACAGAAAGAGUGAGGAAGUGAAGAGCUUGUGGGACGCCAUACUCCGGCUGGUCCGGGACACGUUGACGUUCAGACUCAGGGAGAGCCUGGGUGGAGGGCUAAGAGUCAGGCUUGCCUGGGUCCCCAGGAAUCAGACUCCUUGCCCUCACCCUGCCCUUCCCCUGGGCUUCCAACACAGGCCUACAAUGGCCUCUGGGAGUGCCAUGGCUCUGAUGCCCGGGGAUGAUUGUGCCAAAGCUGUGCUUCAAAGGGCCAAGCCCUGGGAAGCUGGUAGGAGUCAGGAUGAGGAGUGGGGAGGGGUAGGUCGUUAGGAGUUUGCUGGGUGUCUUGUCUGGGUAGCCUGGCCCCCAGCUGAGGCCAAGAUGCAGCCUGCCAAGGUCUCUGCUCAGGGUUAGGCUGGGACAUGGGGCUCUGGUUUAGAGGGGAAGGAGAGAAAAGGAGAAGGAAUGUUGUAGGUGAAAGAGGUGAGAGAGGCCAGGAAGCAGACGAGGAAGUGAUGCACUCAGGAGGAGAGAAGGACAAAGUGAGUGAUGAAGAGUGAUGACCAGGAGGCUGCUGGAGAGACGGGAGAGAUGAGGAAGGCAAGCGAGCGAGGGGAAAACCAGACCCAGGAAUCUCUCUGGGGAGGGGUUUAGGAUUGAGGGCAGGGCUAUUGCCAGCUAAUCCGUCCAGGAAGAUGGUUUCUAGGCAGGGAGGGUUGGGAGGGUAUUUAUAAGGGCUUCUUGGUGGGAGAUGGACACCCUGUGGGGGCCUGGAGAUCUUCUCAGCAAGGAGGGUCCUUUUCUGGAAGCUUCAACCAAGUGUAUUAGGGGAACAUGGGGGCAUUUUAUUAUUGAUUACAGUCAUUAUUAUUGUUAUUAUAUUGCUAUUUUUAUUAAACCUUGCCCUGCUACAGUGUGGGGAGUAAAAUAAGUAUUUAUCUCCUUAAAUGGCACAUUCCCGGGAGGGAUGGACCCUAAUGCUCUGAGAUGCAGCAAGAAACCAAUAAAGCCAACUUUGUAAGCUGCUGGCCUCCCCACCUGGGUCUGUCUUGCUGUGUAAACAUGGGAGUGGGAGGUAGGAGGAGCGGGGAUCAUGGUCCAUAAAAGGCUGGCCUCUGUGUAUGUGCAUGCUCUCAAGAAGACCACAGGACAACUUUAGAUGUUCUUCAGGAGCUGUGAAC